GUCUGGGUGAGGCUCUCGCUUACCGCGCCUGCCGUUUGCUCCUCCCUCAUCCGUCUGUCCAGGCGCGAUCCCCGCAUAUAUCUUCCCUCGCGCUGUCUCUCGCAAACAACUCCCAUUCGUCAAACACCCACCAUGGCUUCAGGACGGCUUCAGCGUCUCCGGAGGUUCGUUCAAACAGACGUUGAUGCUAUUCCUGACCGCCCUGUCUCUCCUCAAUCUGAGCCCAACCCCGAACCCAAACCUGACCAUGCCAGCUACAACGACUCCACUGGUGGUGUAUCGCUCGAAAACACCCCUCCAAACCCGCCUGCUAGCAAACAGAUUCCAGCCAGUAACGUUGAUACGCGCAUAAAGACACCGCCUGACGUCGAGAACACCGAGCGCCGCUUCGUCUGGGUCAAAGACGCCAAUAGCUCAUUCAACCCAAACCUGGACUCGAUGCGACUCUCCACCGCCACAGCUCCAGCUCCUCGAACCGAUGCCGCUGGUCUUCCCGUUACCGAUCUGCAACGUGGGGACCUAGCCUCACCUCGCCAUCACUUCACUGCUAUCCAGGCACUUUCAAAGUACCCCUACAAGUACUGCGAUAAGAGUCAUAUGCAAGACAUUGCAUCUGCCUUCUUCGAUCAAGGAAAAUUUUGGCAGCGAGAGUGGGACCUGUAUUACGUCUGGGACAUCGAAGAGACCUCCAAACCUUUUGUACUCGUUUGUGAGAGUCAAGUUCAAGCCUUGCUUGGUGAGAUCAACAAGCACCUCAAUCUCUCUUUGAGGAUUAGCGACCAGCAGCGUGAGGAGGGUCUACUUGUGCAAUUCCCUGAUCAUCCUCGCUGCUUGCCUCGAUACCUUGGACGCUCACACUCGCGCGAAGACGUCGAUAGCAUGGCCGAGAACGCGCCCAAUGAACAUUUCCGCGCGGCAGGCGAGCCUUUACAUCCACCGCUCGGAGUACCUACUCUGGAAGAUUUCAAGCAACUGAUGGAGAACCUGGCUGAAACACAGAAGGCGAAGAACAAGGCAACCAAAGCAAAGAAGCAGCAAGAGCGACUAGGCAAGAACAAGUCAAUGACCGACCAAUUCAAACGUGCGUCAAGGUAUCUUGGUCUCCGCGAUUCCAUUCAGGAUCCAUCUUCGUCCACCUUGUCUCCGGCAGUCGAUCCAUCCCAGCCAGCUCCAUUCCCUUUCGAUCAGUCUGUCGUCUUCGUAUGCGUCGACAUAGAGUCGUACGAGAGAGCCCAUCACAAGAUCACCGAAGUUGGUGUUGCUACCCUUGAUACCCGUGACCUGGUUAGUGUUCCGCCUGGCGUGGAUGGCACGGCCUGGAGAGAGAAGAUUCGUGCCCGUCACUUUCGCAUCAAGGAACAUCGCCACCUGGUCAAUUCUGAGUUCGUUUCUGGACAUCCAGACAGUUUCCGCUUCGGUCAGUCGACAUUUAUAUCACUCAGAGAAGCUGCAAGUCACGUCGCGGCCUGUUUCCAAGCACCUUUCGCAGCCCAAGAUGACGACGACUUCCUCAGCCACUUUGAUCCUACUGAGAAGCGUAACAUAAUCUUCCUCGGUCAUGAUACCCUGGGUGACGUUCGGUACCUCCAGCAACUCGGUUACGAUCCGAUGAAGGUAGAGAACAUCCUCGAGGCCAUGGACACCGCGACCAUGUACAAAGUCUGGCGUCGGGAGCAGCAGCCCACUAGUUUAGGCCGGAUCAUGAACGCCUUCGAUGUCGCCGCAUGGCAUCUUCAUAACGCAGGCAACGAUGCUGUAUACACUGUGUGGGCCAUGCUAGCCAUCUGCGUGAAGGAGGCUACCCUUCGCGGUUCUCCAGAGUUGGACGAUCUGCGAGAGAAUGAGAAGAGCGCUAAACUUCAGGCUGCUCUUGAGGAUGCCGAACAGAGGGUCAAGGAUGACGCGGAGAGCUGGAGCGACCAUGAAGUCACAGGAGAUGGCGGCGUACCUGUACCCCUUGCGUCUGUUCUCGCACCAAAGCCAACACAGCCUGCGGCGAAGGCUAUUACUCAGUAUGACGGUGAUCCGGAUUUCGGUACGGACACAGGUCGAGGUCGUGGAUACCAAGCUUCGAGCGGAUACCGCGAUAGUGUUAGACAGGGAGCUUCUCGUGGACGGGCAAGCAGUCAGUUACAAGGAAGUAGUCGCGGUCGCGGUCGUUCAGACUCGCCCAGCGGUGCUUCUCGGCCAGAGGCUAUUCCCAAGGUGGAUUACCACUGGUAGGCAGGAUGUUAUGGUAGUGAUUCGCGCACAGUGUAGGUCACUCGGAUAUUAAAAGUGUGGUUCUUGACAGUCAUGUAGUCUUGCGAU